UCAAAAAGAAACUAGAAGAAAAUAUGAAGCCAUGGGAUCCUCCAAGUGGCGCCAAUUCCACCUCAAACCUUUGUCUUAACUGAGCAGCAGUGAACCAAUUCCAAUCCUCUCUCUCACAGAGCACGCAUGGCGGGUUCUUCUACUUUUUCAGCCAUGGCUAUUUCCAAAAUCGACUUCCCAGUUCUGCUGUCCCAAAAGAUUACCCACAAGAAUUCACCUUCAUUAUUAUCCUUAAAGCGCAGAGCCCUUUAUUGCUCUAAGAGAUUCUUAAUUCCUCGUAGAAUUUCUGGGAUCAGAAUCUCGAAGCAUAAUGCUUUUUCUGUAUUCAGCUCGCUGGUAGACAACUUCUCAGUUGAUGGUGCUGAGGCAAGUGAAUGUCCGCCACUUCAUGAAAUCAUAACCAGUACAUGGAAAUGGAGAGGUUAUUCUAUCCGCUACCAGUAUUCUGGAACCGGUGGGCCUGCUUUGGUUUUGGUUCAUGGUUUCGGAGCAAACAGUGACCACUGGAGGAAGAAUUUGCCAGUUCUUGCACUGUCACACAGGGUGUAUGCAAUUGAUCUUAUUGGUUAUGGUUAUUCAGACAAACCGAAUCCAAGAGAACUUCAAGUCAAGUCCUUUUAUACUUUUGAGACAUGGGCUAGCCAGCUAAAUGACUUCUGUAUGGAGAUUGUUAGGGAUGAAGCCUUCUUUAUCUGCAACUCAAUUGGAGGACUUGUAGGCCUCCAGGCAGCAGUUAUGGAUCCUGCAAUCUGCAAGGGCAUUAUUCUCUUGAACAUUUCCCUCCGUAUGUUGCACAUAAAGAAACAACCUUGGUAUGGGAGGCCUCUAAUAAAAUCAUUUCAGAGUUUGCUAAGAAACACAGCUCUCGGAAAAUUCUUUUUCAGAACUGUUGCAACACCAGAGUCAGUAAGGAACAUUCUUUGUCAGUGUUACUACGACACAUCCCAGGUGACAGAUGAACUAGUAAAGAUAAUUCUUGAGCCUGGGCUUGAUCCUGGUGCUGCUGAUGUGUUUCUUGAAUUCAUUUGCUACUCAGCAGGGCCUCUCCCGGAGGAAUUACUUCCUCAAGUGAAGUGCCCUGUAUUAGUGGCUUGGGGUGACAAGGAUCCUUGGGAACCAAUCGAACUUGGGAAAGCCUAUGCACAAUUCGACACCGUGGAAGAUUUUGUCGUGCUGCCUAAUGUCGGCCACUGCCCUCAGGACGAGGCGCCUCAUCUCGUAAAUCCAGUAAUCACUUCUUUCGUGGCUCGACAUGCACCAGCAACUGCUGCUCCGUCUCCUGCAGCUUCCUGAGUGCUCGUAGCUGUUGAGACCAGGAGCUGAAGAGAAGAAGGCACGAAGCAAGAAGCUUAAUGGCGAUGAGGAAUUUGUACAACUUGUUGAGAAUGGGGCAGCAAACAACUAAUCGAGCCAGUCACUGUUUUCAUGAACUUGCACUCAACUUCAUUGGGAGCUCUUUAUUGAGUCUAUUUGUAAUGAUUAAUGAAGAUCGACUAUCAAUAGUUUGUACAAAGCUCCUAAUUUUGCCCACACCAAAAUUGUUUUGUGAUUGAAA